AUGGCGGCCACCUGCCACAGCGAGGCCGUAGCCCACCUGACGGCCGACGGUGACCUCCGGGCCCUGCUCAGCUACCUCUUCUACGGCACGGCGCCGCGGGACUCCAGCUUCCUCAUCAACGUCCUGAUGGUGCACCACUACCAGCGGGGCACCUGGUACCCUCGCGGCGGGGCCAGCGAGAUCGCCUUCCACGCCGUGCCCGUCAUCGCCCGUGCCGGUGGUGCCAUGCUGGCCGAGGUUGCAGUUGGACGUAACAACUGGCUGGAGGUUUUGUUUAAAUUCCAAAGCGAACGCCUGUGGACGAGCGCGAGCGUAAAUCUCAGCGGCUCACUCCGUGCCCCGGUUCUCGCGCCCUCACGCUCCCCUCCCCGUCUCCCUCUUUCCCCAGUUCAAACUGGAAGCUGCAUACAAGAUGGACUAACAUACAACGACAAGGAUGUGUGGAAACCCGAGCCCUGCCAGAUCUGCGUGUGCGACAGCGGCAACAUCCUGUGCGACGAGGUGAUCUGCGAAGACACCUCCGACUGCCCCAACGCUGAGAUCCCCUUCGGAGAAUGCUGCCCCAUCUGUCCCGACACCGACGCCUCCCCCGUCUACCCAGAAUCCGCUGGAGUAGAGGGUCCUAAGGGAGACACCGGCCCCAAAGGAGACAGGGGACUCCCCGGCCCCCCUGGCAGAGAUGGCAUCCCUGGACAGCCUGGCCUCCCGGGACCCCCAGGCCCUCCAGGUCCUCCAGGCCUCGGUGGAACAUCGGCACCGGCGGCGACGUGGGGGGACGAGGCGGCGCAGCGGCGCGGCGGCGCGGCGGCUGCUCAGCUCGGGUUUCCUUUGCUUCGUUCCUAGGGUCCAGCUGGUCCUCGCGGUCUCCCCGGCCCUCCUGGCGCUCCUGGUCCUCAAGGUUUCCAAGGUCCCCCUGGUGAGCCUGGAGAGCCUGGUGCUUCUGGUCCCAUGGGUCCUCGUGGUCCAGCCGGCCCCCCUGGCAAGAACGGAGAUGAUGGUGAAGCUGGAAAGCCUGGCCGUCCCGGUGAGCGCGGUCCUCCUGGACCCCAGGGUGCACGUGGUCUUCCCGGAACUGCUGGCCUGCCAGGCAUGAAGGGUCACAGGGGUUUCAGUGGUCUGGAUGGUGCCAAGGGUGAACCUGGUCCAGCUGGCCCCAAGGGUGAGCCUGGUAGCCCUGGUGAGAACGGCGCUCCUGGACAAAUGGGUCCUCGUGGUCUUCCCGGCGAGAGAGGCCGCCCCGGUCCAUCUGGCCCUGCUGGUGCUCGUGGUAACGACGGUGCCCCUGGUGCUGCUGGUCCUCCAGGUCCAACUGGACCAGCUGGUCCCCCUGGCUUCCCCGGUGCUGCUGGUGCUAAGGGUGAAACCGGUCCCCAGGGUGCUCGUGGUAGCGAAGGCCCUCAAGGUGCACGUGGUGAGCCUGGUCCUCCUGGCCCUGCUGGUGCUGCUGGUCCUGCUGGCAACCCUGGUGCUGAUGGUCAACCUGGUGCCAAAGGCGCAACUGGUGCUCCUGGCAUUGCUGGUGCUCCUGGCUUCCCCGGUGCUCGUGGUCCCUCUGGACCUCAGGGUCCCAGUGGUGCCCCUGGUCCCAAGGGUAACAGCGGUGAACCUGGUGCUCCAGGCAACAAGGGAGACACUGGUGCAAAAGGCGAACCCGGCCCUGCUGGUGUCCAAGGUCCCCCUGGUCCAGCUGGUGAAGAAGGCAAGAGAGGAGCCCGUGGUGAGCCUGGCCCCGCUGGGCUUCCUGGGCCCGCUGGCGAACGUGGUGCUCCUGGCAGCCGUGGUUUCCCUGGUGCUGAUGGCAUUGCUGGUCCCAAGGGUCCCCCUGGUGAGCGCGGGUCCCCCGGCGCUGUCGGUCCCAAAGGAUCUCCUGGUGAAGCUGGACGCCCUGGGGAACCUGGUCUCCCUGGUGCCAAGGGUCUGACUGGAAGCCCUGGGAGCCCUGGUCCUGAUGGCAAGACUGGUCCCCCUGGCCCUGCUGGUCAAGACGGCCGCCCUGGUCCCCCAGGCCCACCCGGAGCAAGAGGCCAAGCUGGAGUGAUGGGUUUCCCUGGACCCAAAGGCGCUGCAGGUGAGCCUGGCAAACCCGGCGAGAGAGGUGCUCCUGGUCCCCCCGGCGCUGUUGGCGCUCCUGGCAAAGACGGUGAAGCUGGUGCCCAAGGUCCUCCUGGCCCUACUGGUCCCGCUGGAGAAAGAGGUGAACAAGGUCCCGCUGGUGCUCCUGGUUUCCAGGGCCUGCCCGGCCCUGCUGGGCCCCCCGGUGAGGCUGGCAAGCCUGGUGAGCAGGGUGUCCCUGGAGAUGCUGGUGCCCCCGGUCCUGCUGGUGCCAGAGGCGAGAGAGGUUUCCCUGGUGAACGUGGUGUCCAAGGCCCCCCUGGUCCCCAGGGUCCUCGUGGUGCUAACGGUGCUCCUGGUAACGAUGGUGCUAAGGGUGAUGCUGGUGCUCCUGGUGCCCCUGGAAACCAAGGGCCUCCCGGUCUGCAGGGUAUGCCCGGAGAGCGUGGUGCUGCUGGUCUGCCAGGCGCCAAGGGUGACAGAGGUGAUCCUGGUCCCAAAGGUGCUGACGGCGCUCCUGGCAAAGACGGUCUCCGAGGUCUCACCGGUCCCAUCGGCCCCCCUGGCCCAGCUGGUGCUCCCGGUGACAAGGGUGAAGCUGGUCCCCCCGGCCCUGCUGGUCCCACCGGUGCCCGUGGUGCUCCCGGAGACCGCGGUGAGCCUGGCCCACCUGGUCCUGCUGGAUUUGCUGGCCCUCCCGGAGCUGACGGCCAGCCUGGUGCUAAAGGUGAAACUGGUGAUGCUGGAGCCAAGGGUGAUGCGGGUCCUCCCGGCCCCGCUGGCCCCACCGGUGCUCCUGGCCCUGCCGGUGCUGUUGGUGCUCCUGGUCCCAAAGGUGCUCGUGGCAGUGCUGGACCCCCUCCGCCACAUUGGUGUUGCUGCAUCUCCUUGAGCUGCUAUUUCUCUCCGCAGGGCGCUCCUGGCACUCCUGGGCCCCAAGGUAUCGCCGGCCAGCGCGGUGUUGUUGGUCUCCCUGGACAGCGAGGCGAGAGAGGUUUCCCCGGACUCCCCGGUCCAUCUGGCGAACCCGGCAAACAAGGUCCCUCUGGCUCCCCUGGUGAGCGUGGUCCUCCUGGCCCCAUGGGUCCCCCAGGUCUGGCCGGACCCCCUGGCGAAGCUGGACGUGAGGGUGCUCCUGGUGCUGAAGGUGCCCCCGGGCGUGACGGUGCUGCUGGUCCCAAGGGUGAUCGUGGUGAGACUGGCCCUGCUGGCCCCCCUGGUGCUCCUGGCGCCCCCGGUGCCCCUGGCCCUGUUGGUCCUGCUGGCAAGAACGGAGACCGCGGUGAGACCGGCCCUGCUGGUCCCGCUGGCCCCCCUGGUCCUGCUGGUGCUCGUGGUCCUGCUGGCCCACAAGGUCCCCGUGGUGACAAAGGUGAAACUGGUGAACAGGGCGACAGAGGCAUGAAGGGUCACAGAGGCUUCUCCGGUCUCCAGGGUCCCCCUGGUCCCCCCGGUGCUCCUGGUGAACAAGGGCCUUCUGGUGCUUCUGGUCCCGCCGGUCCAAGAGGUCCCCCUGGCUCUGCUGGUGCUGCUGGCAAGGACGGUCUCAACGGGCUCCCUGGCCCCAUCGGUCCACCCGGUCCCCGUGGCCGCACCGGCGACGUCGGCCCUGUAGGUCCCCCCGGCCCUCCUGGACCCCCUGGUCCUCCCGGUCCUCCCAGUGGCGGCUUCGACUUCAGCGAGUACUGGAUUGACCCCAACCAAGGCUGCAACCUGGACGCCAUCAAGGUCUUCUGCAACAUGGAGACGGGCGAGACAUGCGUCUACCCCACCCAGGCCACCAUUGCCCAGAAGAACUGGUACAUCAGCAAGACUCCCAAGGAGAAGAAGCACGUCUGGUUCGGCGAGACAAUGAGCGACGGCUUCCAGUUCGAGUACGGCGGGGGGGGGCGCCAACCCCGCGCCGGCCCCACGGAGAGGGAGAGCCGGGCGGAAGGCACCAGCCGCUUCACCUAUGGCGUCACCGAGGACGGCUGCACGAGUCACACCGGAGCCUGGGGCAAGACAGUCAUUGAGUAUAAGACGACGAAGACCUCCCGCCUGCCCAUCAUCGAUUUGGCCCCCAUGGACGUUGGCGCUCCGGACCAGGAAUUCGGCAUCGACAUCGGCCCCGUCUGCUUCUUGUAAACCGGAAACCCCACGCGUACAGGAGAGAGUAAAUAAUAAAGAAAAAAAAAACAAAAAAAAAACAGCCAAAAAAGGAGAAAAU